AGCAGAGCGAUAGUGGACCAUUCAGAAUGGUGCCUGCACCCCACCCUAUUUCAGGAGCUGACAGAUCACAUUGGCAUUCCAGUCCUAGACCUAUUUGCUUCACCAUGCAACACAUAACUGCCAAGGUUCUUCAGCAGAUUUGCAUCACCGGGGGUGAAAGGGGUUGAUGUUCGCUGCAGUCCAUGGCCCUGGGGGCUCCUAUACACCUUUCCUCCCCUCCCGCUAAUUCCAGCAAUAAUCAGGAGGGUGUUGACGGAAAGGGCAGAGAUAUUACUAUUGGCUCCCCCAUUGGCCCAGAAGACCAUUGUUUGCCGACCUGCUCAACCUGUCAAUGGCCCGACUCUGGAGGAUACCUCAGGACAGAAUCUCCCUCAACCAGGUGGCCCUGAUCCAUCCAGAUCCACAGUGUCUCCAACGAACCAUCUGGCGCUUGAGCAGAGGGUCCUGAAUCAGGACAAUCUUUCCUCCAGGAUCAUCCAAACCAUAUGGGCCUCUAGGAGGCCAUCCACCUACAGGAUAUAUGAUGCUACCUGGAAGGCCUUUUGCACCUGGUGCUCCAGGAUGAACACUGAUCCUUCUUCGGUGUCACUGGCUCAAGUCCUGGGGUUCCUCCAGGAAGGAUUAGACAGAGGGUUGUCACCUAAUACCAUCCCCAGACAGGUCGCAGCACUGUCUUCGAUCUGGUCAUGUGGGAAUCUGGAAUCUUUCACUAAACAUCCUACCGUGUGCAGGUUCCUCAGGGUCGCUACAAACUUGAGGCCUCCUGUAGUUCACAGGUACCCCACCUGGGACCUGACGAAGGUUUUGCAUGCCCUCACUGAGGGACCCUUCGAGCCGUUAAGAUCGCCUAGCCUGCACUUCCUUGUGGCCUUCCUUGUGGCCACCAUGUCAGCCAGACAGAUCUCAGAACUAGCGGCUUUUUCUGUGAGGAAAGACCUAUGUAUAUUCCACUCUGAUUGGAUGGUCCUGCUGUUGGACCCCUCUUAUGUUCCCAAGGUGAAUUCCUGGUUCCAUAGGGCUCAGGAACUGAUCCUGCCUGACUUCUGCCCAGGGCCAAAACGUGCCCUGGAGAAGAGAUGGCACACCUUGCACAUUAGGAGGGAUUUCCGCAUUUAUAUUAAGAGGACUUCCCCCCUAAGGUGGACAGAGUCCCUAUUUGUUUCCUUCCAGCACUCUACACUGGGCAACAAGGUCGCUCCAUCGACCAUGGGACGGUGGAUUUGGGCAUGCAUUGCCAAGUCCUAUGAGAUUCAGACUUCCAGUGCCUCAGAAUGUGACGGCCCAUUCCACCAGAAGUGCAGCCACGACAGCGGCGUGGGUGACACAGGUCUCUAUAGAGCAGUGACAUGGUCCUCUCAAUCCCCCUUCAUCAGAAUUACCAGUUGGAUGCCUUUGCAUCGGCUGAAGUGGCCUUUGGCAGGCCAGUCCUCCAGAGGGUUCACAUUGAUGGCGGGGGCGGGACUGGGGACCAGACUGCUUUUCAUAGAGCAGGCCAGCUUUGGUAAGUCCCAUUCCUGGAUUCUCUCUCCCGAGCACAGUGGAGAAGAGGCAUUGGUCCUACCUGAUAUGCUUCUUCUCAUGGAGCUGGGAGAGAGAAUCCAGCCCCACCCUGACAAACAGCUGGUUCACAGUCUGGGAGGGGCUCAUGUUUUCACAGGUCACAAGCCUUAUCAUCGCUACGCCUUUGCCGAACUGGGAGGCAACCAGACAAGGGAGGCGUCACCAAAAAGAUGCCAGACUUAGUCUCCAGGCAGAAGAGAAGAACAACAUCCAUUCCUGGAUUCUGUCUCCCAGUGCCAUGAAAAGGAGCAUAUCAGGACCAAUGCCUGUUCCUGAAUUCUUGCAAAACAAGAAGCUGUCCACAAUCAGGGUUUCAUCGCUGGUUGUGAUUAGAACGUAUGGGAUGAAAUCAUCUUUCUGAUUCUAUGAUCUCAAGCCCUAAACGUCUUUUUAGAUUAAGGCCAACAGCUUGAAUUGGAAGUUGAAAUGAAGUCAGACUAUAUAAAAUUGAUAUUUUAUAUAUUUGCAGUGCCCAGUUUUAAUCAGUAUUUUGGGUUACUAAACUAAAGUUUCUGGACUACCUUCAAGAAUAGCACUAUGCAUGAUGCAUUGCUACUAUAAUAACUCAGUAAGAAAUAAUUUUUUCCAUAGUUUCUUUUCCUUAGCCUUUCCUUUUUUCAUGUUUAGCUCAUUUUAAUUAUUGUACUAUAUCCAGUUUCUGACAAACAAGUCAGUCCUAGAGGAGAUCAACCUUGACUGGUCUUUAGAAGGCCAGAUCCUGAAGAUGAAACUGAAAUACUUUGGCCACCUAAUGAGAAGGAAGGACUCACUGGAGAAG